AUGCAUGAGAAGACACUGAUAGGAGCCAAUAACGCACUUCCGCCAGCUCUUUCCAACACAGUAAGCUAUGUUGAUUUUGAAGGGACCGAUGACCCCGAGCAUCCUCAGAAUUGGAGAUUGUCUACAAAGAUUUUUAACUCUACACUAGUCUGCUCAGGCACCUUCAUCGUCUCACUAACAAGCGCCAUCUUCGCACCGGGAAUCGACAAAGCAAGCAAAGCGUUCGGGGUCGGGACAGAGGUCGGAACACUGGGAACAACCCUCUACGUCCUUGGCUUUGCCACAGGACCCCUCAUAUGGGCACCUGCAUCAGAGCUACGGGGAAGGAAAUGGCCUCUGACAAUUUCAAUGUUAGGCGGUGGAAUCUUCACUAUUGCAUCAGCAGUGGCCAAAAACAUCCAGACCCUGAUCAUAUGCCGUUUCUUCGCUGGCAUGUUUGGCGCAAGCCAAUUGACUGUUGUUCCCGCUGUAUUAGCCGAUCUAUACAGUAACGCUACUCGUGGUGCUGCAAUUUCGCUGUACGCCCUGACCGUUUUCGUGGGGCCGUUUACGGCUCCUUUUGUGGGUGGCUUCAUUGCGUCGAGUUAUCUUGGCUGGCGAUGGACUCUUUAUAUCCCGGCAAUUUUCAGCCUGUCAAUUGCGCUAUUGAGUUAUUUCUUUUUGGCUGAGACAUAUCCGGCUUCUAUUCUCGUGACGAAGGCUACUGCUAUCCGCAAAGAGUCCCGAAAUCGCAAUAUUCGUGCCAGACAUGAGGAUGUCGAGGUCAGCAUCGCAGAUCUCGUGGAGAAAUACUUCACACUUCCUUUGAAGCUGCUCUUCACAGAGCCUAUUAUUCUCGUCGUGUCAACUUACAUGUCUUUCAUCUACGGCAUUGUCUAUGCGCUUCUUGAGGCAUAUCCCUACGUCUUCGAGCAUGUUCACGGAAUGACUCCUGCUUUUGCUGGUCUAAUGUUUAUUGGCCUCAUCAUUGGCGUGGUACUUGCAUGUUCCUUUAUUCUUUUCGGACAGUUGGCCUAUGCAAGGAGACUGGCAGAGAAUAAAGGCAUCCCAGUGCCCGAGUGGCGCCUCGCUCCACCACUCUUAGGAGCGCCUGUCUUUACAAUAGGUCUCUUCUGGUUUGGCUGGACGGGGUUCACCCCUCAGAUUCACUGGGUUGUACCUGCCGCAGCCGGGAUAUUCAUCGGCUUCGGUGUGCUGUGCAUAUUUCUUCCAUGCUUCAACUAUCUCGUCGAUGCAUAUUUGCCAAUCGCUGCUUCAGCUGUCGCUGCCAACAUCAUUCUUCGGUCAGCAGUAGCUGCGGGCUUUCCGUUAUUCGCGAGGCAGAUGUUUCAAAAUAUGGGAAUUCAAUGGGCUAGCACGCUACUUGGAUGUUUAGCCGCAAUCAUGAUUCCCAUUCCGAUCAUAUUCAGGGUUUAUGGACCAUGGCUGCGAGGAAAAAGCAAAAUAUUUGCAUAA